CUCCUGGCAGCCAUCAUGAAGGGUUCAGUCUCAAUCUGCUGUUUCCUCUCCCUGCUGCUUUUGCAGGCCACAGCAGAGGAAGAAGAUUUCACUUCCGUCCUCAGAGACAGAUCUCACAUCGACGAGACGCUGCGACUUGCAACUGAGGAAAAAGCAGCAGACUAUGCAGCGGCUCUACAGAGGCUGCGGAAGAUCUACCACACAUCCAUCAAGCCGAUGGAGCAGGCCUACAAGUACAAUGAGCUGAGGCAGCACGAGAUCUCAGAUGGAGAGAUUACCUCCAAACCCAUGGUGCUUUUCCUGGGACCCUGGAGUGUUGGAAAGUCCUCCAUGAUCAAUUACCUCCUGGGCUUGAACGACAGCCCCUAUCAGCUCUACACAGGAGCUGAGCCUACUACCUCUGAGUUCACUGUUAUUAUGCACGGGGAGAAGAUCCGCUCUGUUGAGGGUAUUGUUAUGGCAGCAGACAGCUCUCGCUCUUUCUCUCCCCUGGAGAAGUUUGGCCAAAACUUCCUGGAAAAGCUAAUUGGUAUUGAGAUGCCCCAUAAGUUGCUGGAACGUGUGACCUUUGUGGACACACCAGGAAUCAUUGAGAACCGCAAGCAGCAGGAGAGAGGCUAUCCCUUCAAUGAUGUUUGCCAGUGGUUCAUUGACCGUGCUGACCUGAUCUUCGUGGUGUUUGACCCCACCAAGCUGGAUGUUGGCCUGGAGCUGGAGAUGCUCUUCCGGCAGUUGAAGGGUCGUGAGUCCCAGAUCCGCAUCAUCCUAAACAAGGCUGACAACCUGGCCACCCAGGACUUAAUGAGAGUCUAUGGAGCACUCUUUUGGAGCUUGGCUCCCCUCAUCAAUGUGACUGAACCCCCCCGCGUCUACGUCAGCUCGUUCUGGCCCUAUGACUACGCACCCGACACCAGUCGUGACCUCUUCAAGCGAGAGGAAAUCUCCCUUCUGGAAGAUCUGAACCAGGUGAUUGAAAACCGCAUGGAGAACAAGAUUGCCUUCAUCCGUCAGCAUGGCAUCCGUGUGCGUAUCCACGGCCUGCUGGUGGACCGCUAUGUCCAGACCUUUAAAGAGAAGAUGAGCUUCUUCAGUGACCCUGAACUAGUCUUCAAGGAGAUUGUGGAUGACCCAGACAAGUUCUACAUUUUCAAAUCCAUCCUAGCCAAGACCAAUGUCAGCAAGUUUGACCUCCCCAACCGUGAUGCCUACCGUGACUUCUUUGGCAUCAACCCAGUCACCAACUUCAAGCCCCUCACGGCUCAGUGUUCCUACAUGGGAGGCUGUCUGCUGGAUAAGAUUGAGAAGGCAAUCACCAAUGAGCUGCCUGCUCUUCUGAGCAGCAUCAACUCUGGCAAACAGCCUGGCCUGUCCUCCUGCGAGGCUACUGGCUGUGGCGAGCAGCCAAAGAAUCGCUAUCGGAAGAACUGAGGAACACAAAAUAACUUGAGUGGGGGAUGUAAGGAGAAAGCGGAGGUGAAGAGAUGGGGUCUGGUGGAAGCCAACCCUGCUUUUGACAGAACGCCUGUAUUGUUGAGGAGACAGAGGAGAGGAGAUUAGUGUUUGUUUGUUUUUUUCUCAGGAGAAUAUGGGGAGGUGCAUUUAGGAACUGUGGGAAUGAAGCAGAUCGUGGGAGAGAAGAGUAAUUGUUCGAUAAGGCAGCUUAAGGACACAAGUGCUGAAGAAAUGAGAACAUGCCACUGAUCACAGAGUUUUGUUAAAAUACACGCCCUCCUCUCUCCCUUGCACAAUCACAGUGGACUGUCUGGGAUUUUGGGGUUGAGGAAGUAAUUAUGUGAAGAAAAACAGAAAUGGAAAAAAAAAACAAGUAAGAUCGAAUAAAAAUUGAAAAUCCUGAGACUGAAAACAAUCAAAUACCAGCUCCCUUGUAUGUGAAUAAAACGGGAAAAGUGAAAACAGGAGUUGCAAAUUUGUAUUGUAAAAUCUCGAGAAUUGCAUUGCAGCAGGUCAAUUCCAUAUGCUUCAGAAGUUUUUUUUUUGAAGUAGCCUUUUUGUGGGUGCUAUACGAAGCCUUUGUGUUUGGGUGGUCAACCAAACAUUUGACAUAGAUUAACAUUAACAUUGCAUGUUAGAUGUCACAUCUUAUUUAACAGAUGCAUGUAUUUUCCUUCUAACAAACUCAAGUAAUAGUUCCUCAUGAUACUGACACCUGAACCAGCCUUGCCAUGCAACAAAUAAGGCCUUUUUUUUCCUCAGUUUUAUUCGCUCAUCAGUUCUGGUUGUUGACAACCUGUGAAAAUGAGCACUGUGAUGGAAGCAGAGGUCAGGGCUCAAGGGUCAGAGUCUUCAGAGCAAGGUGGAUAUGUUCAUUCUGCUUCACUUCUUAAAUGUUCUUACUGUUUCUGUUUGCGUCUAUAAAUUUGCCGGUCUUUGGCAGAAAUUAAACAUUAUGUUAUGAAUAUUUUUUUUCCUUCAACAAUAAGCUUCCCAGCUUUUUUAGCUGAAUGACCAUAAAAAAUAACAAAUGAGAAUGUGUUUGAAUUACAGUUGUCUUUAUCCAUUUCUUCUGCCAUUUCUUCUGCAGGUUAGAAAUAUAUUUAUUGAUUUUUCUGUGUAAACUUUCCAAAUGGGCAUUGAAGUAGGCUGUGUCUUUGCACUGAACAAUCCUGCUGCUAAAUCUGACAAACCUUCACUGCAGGAUUGUGAUAGUGGAUCUCUGUUAUAAUGGUUAAUCUUAGCUUGCAUAAAGUGGGCCGGAGUCAAUAGAGAAAAGGUGAAGUGGAGGACUCAUGAGUUGACCCCUGACCUCUGUGGAAAGAAGGAAGCCCCAAAUUGUGACCCCCACACCCACAACGGUUUGGAGUGAUACAUGUCAAAGCUGCAAUUUCUCAUGUAAGCCUACCUCAGUGAACAUCCCCGGACUAAGGCAUGGAAAAAUUACUUAAAAUAGUUUGACAUUUUGGGAAACACGCUUACUCAACACUAUUUCUCAGCCGGGCGCAGUCAUUUUUUGGAGUCUUGUCGUUACCAUGAGGUUGCUAGGCGACCUGCAGAGACUCCAGGAAGUUUCUUCACCUGGCCAAGAAUUAAUCUGGCACACAACCCCUCAUAAAACUGCAUUGUGCUGCUUUUACACUGCGGUUUUUGUACGGAUUGAGCAAACAAGAUAUGGUGUGAUAAUUACGGAGCUUUGGAGGUGCAGGUAUGUGGACUUUGUUAUCUUUUGGCAGACCCAGAUUAACUGUUUCCCCCUGUUUUCAGACUAUAUGCUAAACUAAGAUAACCAUCCGCUAGCUCCAGCUACAUAUUUAGAGAACUCUACGGAUAUUAAAAGUGGUAUUAAUCUACCAAAAUGUCAAACUACUGCUUAAAAUAAAGGGUACUAAAUCAUCAAAGAACAGGUAGGUAGUGAUAAUUACAACUCCAAAAAGCACCAAAGUAACUCAUGGACAAAUACACUUCCAAUUCUCUCUUUGUCCUCCCUCACUAACCCCAUAGUCCAGAGUGCUUUUCCCAAGUAAAAUCUGAAGCAUAAUGGAAUGGAAAAGAAAACUAACUGACAAACAAACCGCAAUGAAUCUCACAUUUGUGUAAUUUUCUCUGUUUCUCUGAGUGUGUGUGUUCCACAGGAUGUGUUUGGUAUGUUUACACUGCAGAUCCAGAACAUGCCCACUAGAGAGUGCUGUGUAAAAGUGUAAAAAGUUAUACAGACCACUAACUACCACUCACGGUAGCAACAGUCUAUAGUGGGGUGAUAGCUUGGGCUAAUGACGUUGUGUGGUUGUGCUUUUGGUAGAUUUCAGUAUAAAUUAUCUUAAUUUACCUGUGAAUUAGAUCUGGAAUGGAUGUGUGUCCCAUUAAAGUAGAUGUUGGUUCACUUUUUUUUUUUUUGGUAUAAAAUUUAAAUUAAUCUUGGCCCAAUUUUUGGAAGCUUGAUCAUCAAGAAUAAAGAUUUCUGAUUGA